AUGAACACAUUAAAACCCAUCCCCAUACUGAAGCACCCAAGAGUGAGGAAAGCAAAUAAAGCGUGCAGCCGAACAUGUCAAAAUUCGACGUGGAAAAAAGAAACGCCAUUUUGUAUAGAAGUGCCGGCGCAAAUAGACGCGGCAGUGUGCGAGCACCAAAUUGGACCGCAAAAAGUGCCUUUUUGGAUAUCCGGAGAGCCGUUGGAGCAUCCAGCAACACGCAAACCGCGUGCUCCAGGAUUUGCCGUGGAAAAGAAACCGUUCCAAAACGUGGUCUGGCGAAGGCCAAAGAAAGGAGGCUCGGAACCGGUAUCUCGGCUGGUAAAGACGGCUGAAGUGAAGUCUCGAGGAGCCAAAAAUAUCAACAUUUCCUCGCCACAAAAUCCGCCUACAAAAGGAGCUAGUGAGAAGACGGUGCGAACCCUAACACUUGCAAGGCCACGAAUCCAAAUCGUCGGUAGGCAAAGGCAUCAGUCGGAAGAGCGAGACAGAGCCACACAUCCACGUGUGGCUCUUUUUCUCCCCUCACCUCAACUGCCUUCCGGUGCGGCAAUUUCGGGCGAGCCGAAGAAAAUCAGCAGCCCCCUGGUAGACCCCAGGAGGCGCCACAAGUGUAGGACGGAGGCACGAAUCAACCAAGACCAGCAGCCCCCUGGCAGACCCCAGGAGGCGCCACAGGCGUAGGGCCACAGUUCCCGCAGUGCUGCCAAUCGGCACUCCGAAUCGCCGAGCAGCACAACAAAACUCGGAGGCCCCGGGACUCUGCCGUGAAGAAAAGUGGAGGUCUUCCGGCAGAGAGGGUCCACAAGGGAAAGCAGCAGCAACAGCGCCACCAAUCGGCCCCAGGCGUAGGGCGGCCGACCAGCAGCAACAGCGCCACCAAUCGGCCCCAGGCGUAGGGCGGCCGACCAGCAGCGACAGCGCCACCAAUCGGCCCCAGGCGUAGGGCGGCCGAAUAGCGGAAGAGGCACGAGGUGCCACCCGAUCGGCGCUCGGUCGAAAGGCGGCGGACGCAUGCCGGGCAGGCGAGGUGCCGUACAGUGGGAUCCAUUCGGCGAAAAUGCGGUGAGUACACGCUGGUUUGGGAAAGAGUGGGUGUGUCUUGCCAUAAUCCUUUGUAGCCAUCAUUUUUAUUCAUGUGGCAUCGCCCAGGAAAAGCCUCUUCAAUAAAUGGCGCCCAACAAAAACGAACCGCUUAAGUUUUGUUCGGGAAAAAUAAAAUAUCAUUUGUAUUUGUGAUGAUAUUAGUAUGUUUUUGAUUGUAACAGUAAUUUAGUUAAACCUACUGUUAUGUUAUUAUUAUUAUCGCUCAAUUUUUGUAUCGUAUCGUAAUUUUGUAACCUGUAAGUCCACAUUUGUCUGGUUUUUUGAUCCUAAUAAACCUAAUAAAGAAUGAUGAAUAAACAAAUUGAUUUGUAUCAUCUUAAUGAUGAGGAGAUGGAAUAUGAAUUGGCCUUGCGCCAUGUUUCAAAUCUAGCCCCAUGCUCUAGAAGAGCUAGGGUGGUCAAGUUAAAAGCCCUUGUCCAAGAGGACACCCUUAGAGACACCAUUUAUGUUAAUUCGGAACACGUAAUGUCGCCGGAGUUGAACAUCGAGGUCUGCCAGAGGGCAGUUGUUGAAUUGAGGAAUCAGGUCGAUUUAGCUACCCAGAGUAGAAACGCCGAUCAAAUGGCUUGCGCGAAAUCGAGAUUGCUUCAUUACCGGCAAAGAUUAUCACUGAUUCCAGUGGUCGCGAAUUUAGAGGAAACGCGUAGGGUCGUGUGCGAGCUUGUAGAGACGCUGCUAGCUCAGAUAGAGUGCGUGAACAGUGCAGUCAAUAUGGUGCUAAGUGAAACGGAAAACACUAGUCUUUCUACUAGUGUCCCGACCAUCCAGGCAGAGAACAGUAGCAGUAGGGAUGCCUGCGAUGCGUUGACGAUUCCACCGAGGCCACAAGCAGCCGGAAAUGAUGAAGGAGCACGAGCACGGAUGCAAGAAGCGGAUGUUGAGCCGUCUUCUCUUCCGUUCCAAGGAGGCAGACAAGGACAGAGGGACUCGGAGGAAGUAAUCAUCCGGAGGUCGGGUAGUUCGGCUGGUCUGGCUGCUGUGAACGUUCUGGACGAACUGCGGUUCGACAUUCAACAACGACAAAGGAGGCAGCAGCAGUUGAACGACAGCUUUACAAACCGAAG